AUGGCUAACCGCGCGCCCGCCUCCGGCUCCCGCCCGCCGUCGGCUCCGCCUCCGGCGGUGCGGUGGCACGUGGCGCGGCCGGAGGGCCAGGCAGAGUUGCACGGGCCGUCGCCGCAGGCGGAGGCGAACCUGACGACGCUCCCCUCACAGGAUAUGGACCAGACAAUAAGCCUUUCCCUGCGGGAUGUGGACCGCACGAGAGCACCGAGCGAGCUGCAGCGGAUGAUGGGCCAGUUCGGCAUGCCGCAGCCGCCCCCUCUGGCCGCUGAGCCUGGCGCGGCAGCCGGGGCCUCGCGGCCGCCGCCCUCGCCGCCGCGGUCGCCCCAGAGGUCUUUGGGCGCCCCGUCGGCGGCGGGGACGCAGGUGCUCGGCACAGCGGUGAGCGUCGUGGAGACGCUGGAGGAGGUGGGCGCGAGCAUGGUGCUGCGGGAGCCGCCCUUCGCGGCCGCGGCGCCGCCCGUGGGCCAGACGCGGCCUGCGACGCAGCGGGGGCGGGCGACAGGGGCCGACGCCGGGCGAGCGGCGGCGGACCUGCUGGGCGGCACCGUGCCGGUGCAGGAGUUCCACCAGGUCGUGGCGGAGCUUCCAUCCACCUGCGACCUGGUGCCCUGCGCGGACGCCUUGCCAACGCGCUCGCAGGACAGGCCCCCCGCGACAGAGUGGUGCUCGGAGACGCCGCCCCCGGCGGCGGUGGCCUUCCCGCUGGCCGAGGGGGGGCGCGCGCCCGAGGAGGAGUGGCGGCCGCCUGCCCCAUCCCAACGCCCGCCGCGGGCCCCCGCGGGGGCGUCCGCGGCGGGCUAG